GUCACCGCAGCAUGCGGAUUACGCACUCAGAAUACACGAGUUGGGCGGACGAGCGGCCACGUGGUAAGCCGGGGACCCCGCUGAGGAUUGAGGAUCGAGCUCGAUCAUCGAUCUCUUGAUGCUGUCCUCUCGCUCGUCCAUCCCCUGUCCUGGUCACUCACCAUGCUCCCACCCCCUCCCCCCUCCCGAGCACCUCGAGGCGCGCCCACACAUCCCGACGACGCCAUCCGCUCGACGGACGACGACGCAGCCGUCUCGCGGAUGUGAGUCAGCCCUCCGUCCAAGCUCACGCAGCUCGGCCGUGCAGCUCGGAUACCUCGCGGACCCCUUCGCGUCGCUGGUGUACAAGCUCCCGAGCUUCGGGGGCGGGAGCGCGCGCAAAGCCCCGCUGAUCAACGUGGGGACGCACCACCGCACCGCGGCGCUCGACGCCGUCGUCGACAGCUUCCUGGCGUCGGCGGGCGGCGAAGCGCAGAUCAUCUCGCUGGGCGCUGGCAGCGACACGCGUUUCUGGCGAUUACACAGCCGGGACGCGAGCAUCGCGCGAUACGUCGAAGUCGACUUUCCGCACCUCACGGCGCUGAAGGCGCAGCGCAUCGCGCGGAACCGGCAGCUCAGCGCUGCGCUCGGCUCCACGUCUUCCCCAUCUCCCUCCUCGCCCUACACGGUCUCGCACGGCGGCGCGGCCCUUACUGCCGCACAGUAUGCGCUGGUCCCGUUGGACCUGCGGGCGCCCGGGGCGCUCGACGCCCUCACGCCGCUGCUCGACGCCUCGCGGCCCACGCUCCUCCUCGCCGAAUGCGUGUUCUGCUACAUGUCGGAAGAGGAGUCGCGGCGCGUCAUCCAGUGGUUCGGGACGACGUUUGCGCACGCCGCCGCAGCAGUGUAUGAGAUGGUGGGGCUCGACGACGCGUUCGGGCGCGUCAUGCACCGUAACCUCGCGCAGCGGAAUCUCUCGUUGCCCGGCGCGGUGUUCGCGUCGCCUCAAGCCCAAGCGGAUCGGUUUACGGACACGCGCCUCGGCGCGGGCGCGUUUACGCACGCCGGCGCUAAGAGCUUGUGGGACGUGCGCGGCGGCUUGCCACGCGCAGAGCUUGCGCGGUGAGUUUGCCGUCGGCAAGCUCGAGAUUCUGGACGAGAUCGAAGAGCUGCGGCUCGUGCUCUCGCACUAUUGUGUCGCGUGGGCGAGCAAGGGCAUCGACGGUGUGGGGUUAGUGUAGGACAUGCAUAUAGCUAGAGAUACUCCGCGACCACGACUGCGCACCCGAGCCCGAAGACAAAGAGGCACGCGUCGGCGUAUGUCUGCCCCACGACGCCGAGAUACUUGGACCCGAGGACGACGGCGCGCUGCACCGCCGGCGGGAGGAUCGGGAGCGCGUUGGCGAGGAGAGGGUGCAGGCGCGCCUGCGGGCGGACGACG